AUGAAAAUUGAAGCAUUCAAGAUCAGGAUGUUAAACUUCUUGACCAAAAAGGGUGAAGUUGACAAGGCAGAACCACCUUUGGACCUUAAGGAAGCCUUUUCCAAGUUUGCGAGAGGAGGGAACCAAAUGAAGAAGGAUCAGCUUCUUCGGUUCAUUGUGGAGCACCAGGGAGAAAAUAUCAGCAGCAUGGAGGAUUUGGAUAAAAUAUUCGAGAAAUUUUUGCUAUCAGGAAGUUGCAGUUCUAGCUCUAAUUCCAGAUAUACAAGAUUUCCUGAUGUGAAUAAGAGACAAGGGUUAAGUCUCAGUGAUUUCAUCAAUUUUCUGCUUCUUCAUGAUCUGAAUGCUGCUUUGAAAGACAAGGUGCAUCAUGAUAUGAAUGCUCCCUUGUCACAUUAUUUCAUGUAUACGGGGCACAAUUCCUAUCUGACUGGGAAUCAAUUUACCAGUGAGAGCAGCGACGAGCCAAUUAUAGAGGCUUUGAAACAAGGUGUACGAGUAAUUGAACUAGAUUUAUGGCCAUCUAAAUCUUCAACUAAAGAUGGUAUUAAAGUGGUUCACGGAAGGACUUUUACCACUCCAGUCUCAGUAUCCAAAUGUCUACAAUCCAUAAAGAAAUAUGCAUUUUACAAAUCAGAUUACCCAGUAAUUCUUACUUUGGAAGACCACCUAACACCAAAACAUCAGGGUAAAUUUGCGGAAGAGUAUCAGCCAUCUGAUAGUAUCAGCAAAAGCAACGCUGGGCUAGCUGGAUGUGAACCACCUGAAGAAGAAGAAUCAUGGGGAUUGGAUUUGUCAGAUUUUGUGACUGAACUGAAAACUACGGACAAGCAGAAUCCAAGUGAUGCAGAUCGGGAAACUAUAAAUACAAGUGAUAACAAACCAAACCAACAAGGUUUACGUAAAUACAAACAAUUGAUCACAAUCCAUGGUGGGAAAUCAAAAGGUUCUAUGAAGGAUCAAUUGAAAGAUGAUAUUAAAGUUAGACGGCUGAGUUUGGGUGAGAAGAAACUAAAAAGUGCUUCUGAGUCGCAUGGAGCCGACCUUAUUAGGUUCACACAGAGAAAUAUCCUGAGAGUUUAUCCUAAAGGAGAACGUGUCAAAUCCUCAAAUUUUAGGCCACAUUUAGGGUGGAUGUAUGGAGCUCAGAUGGUUGCAUUCAAUAUGCAGGGGCAUGGGAAAUCACUCCGGUUCAUGCAGGGAAUGUUCAGAGCAAAUGGAGGGUGUGGUUUUGUUAAAAAGCCUGAAUUUCUAAUCCGAACACCUCCACAUGACGAGGUGUUUGAUCCUAAAAAAACACUGCCAGUGAAGGAGAUAUUAAAAGUAAAAGUAUAUCAAGGAGAUGGUUGGAGUUUAGAUUUCCGUCCGAAACACUUUGAUCGAUUCUCUCCACCAGACUUUUAUACAAAGGUCUGUAUUGUUGGAGUGCCAGCUGAUUGUGUCAAGAACAAAACUAGUGUAAGAAUGGACACAUGGCAUCCUGUCUGGGAUGAAGAAUUGAAAUUCGAAUUGAGAGUUCCUGAGCUUGCUUUACUUCGGAUAGAAGUAAAGGACAAAGAUAAGGGAAAAGAUGACUUUGCAGGACAAACUUGUUUGCCAGUAUCAGAGCUAAGGCAAGGAUUUCGGUCAGUUCCUUUGUAUGACCACAAAGGAAAGAUAUUCAAAUCUGUGAAACUUCUUAUGCGCUUUAAGCUUGAAACUCUAAAUAAAUUGUAG